AUGAAGAGGAAAACAAGCAUCAGAUAUAAGACAACUCACGAAGGAAAUGGAGAAAUUUCUGGGUUGAAAAUGAAAGGUUUCGGAAUGGAGCGAAAUGGAGCUCAAGGAAAUUUUCAAGUAGAAGAUGAGAGCAAAAGGGAUUUUAAGUUCCUCUGCAGGUUUCCUGUCAAGCAUUUCUACUUUAGUUUAAUAGCAGAAAUACUUGGAAGAAAAGUUUAAGAACUCAAAAAGGAAAUAGAACAUUUUGGUUAAGAAAUUGUCACAUAAACUUCUUUUCUGUUUGCUAAACAAAAGAAGUGUGCGAAGCUAAUUUAAAGAUGACGAAUAAUAAAUUAAAUUAAUUAUUAUUAAAUUAAAGAAUUUGGCAGAUCGUAAAGGAUGUUUGACCUAAGGAUAAAACACCCUUCGAUCGACACUUGCAUAAUUCUUCGAUCGAUACUUGCAUAAUUCUAAUAAUUUAUUAUUCAUUUAAAAUAAUUCAAAACAUACCGAAAGGGUCUUCUAAUUUUGGUCAACGCGUGUUUGUUGUGAAGAAUUAACUGGGGGAUUUUUUAGCCAAAGUCAGACUGGAACGGAGAAAUAUUUUGAAUGAAAAGUUAGCUCUAGGCAAUGUUGACCAUGACGUUGAGGACAUUGCCAGUAGGGAAAAGAAACGAACUGCGUGACAUGAUCUUGUUCUUUCUAGUGUUAUCUUCAUUGAAAAUGAAAAGAGAGAGCAAAGUCUUCUUUCGGAAGACCUUAAUCUGCUGAGCAAGAACGAAGGAGAGAUUAGAAUUUCUGAUCUAAACAGCGAAAACCAGAGACUGGGGAGCGAGUUUUCUACGUGGGAAAUAGAGGUAAAAACGAAAUUGAACCACAAAAGAAAUGAUAUUGAAGAGCUGUGAGACAAGACUGAAAUUAAAACUGUUAAAAAACAACAAGAGAAUUGUAUGAAGAUCCUGCAGUUUUCUUUCCCAUGUUGGGAAGGACAACAGGAUGUCUCACCCAACUGCUUCGCCACAAAUUCCGUCGUUAAGUUUUGGAGAAAGAACUGAUUGAAUGAGGAAAGUUUUAGGCAUAGGCCCGGGGGGAGGAGGGUACUCGAUAUAUCCUUGGGUGGGGAGGUACAGCUCGGCCCCUCAUACCCUGACCCUGUUUAAGACAAAAAUCGCUGAUUUUCCCACUCUGUUAAGACAGAAUUCCGAUUUUUGAUACCCAGUUUAAGACAUCCGUAGAACACAAGCGCAGGCUCUUUAUCGUCUAAAAACAGGGUUAUGGGCUCCUGUCUAAGAAAAGAUACCCUGUUUAAGACAAAAUUGAGAAAAAUACCUUGUUUAAGACAAACGUCCUCAUUAAGCCCUUACCCUGGCUGGCCCCACGUCCUCAUUAGGUCCCAGACUUAACUAGCUGUAGUUUGACCAUAUUUUAAUAUACUGAUCAUAAUAGUUUUAAAUGACAGGGUGGUGUCUCUAAUAUGUCCCACACGGACUUUUGUGUUCCCUUCGCUCUUAACCUCUUCAACCUAUAUAAUACAUUUCAUUUAUUUAUCUAUUACAAUAGAUAAAAAUCUUGUUAUUUUUAUUUAUUAUUUUAGAUUUAUUUAAGCAUUGCUCUGGACUGCUGUAGUUAUAUCCCCUUUAAAGCUGUUAGAUUAAAGUAUUUCUAAAUGAGAUGUAUCCGAACUAUUUUUGACAACAUUAGGCCUUCACGGACCGAUGGCUACGAAUUUAGGCCCUCAAUAGUCUUGUUCUUUUCUACUGCGUCUUGGAUGUGGACCAUUUCGCUUUUAUACUGAAAUCAAUACUGAGUAGUCACCUUCUGGCUGACAAAAUAUAGGCAUUUUUUAUAGGAAUAACGCAUUUAAAUAUUCUACUUUAACGGAAUUAGCCUGGCUAAUAGGUACUCGGCUUGCUUUAUUCCUGGUAACAUAUGUAAAGAGAGCUUAAAGUCAGCGUGUUGCACAGAAGUGAUGGUAGAAAUGACGUCAAAGUCUCCGGAAUAUCCCGCAAUUCUCGACAAAUAAAAGAAGAAGCAGGAUCAACAAAUUGAGCUAAAACUGGACCAAAAGCGUGAGAAUAACUUUUUCAAGAGCGGCGAAAUACUUAAAUAGAUAAUUGAGAAACAAGGAUGACUGAACAACUCAGAGAAUGGACUCCAUACUACCCCACAAAGUAUACAAAGCAACAUUUGGCAUUCUCAAAGUUGCUUAGUCAGCCUUGCUUGUCAUUUUGGUUGUUCCAUAAAAACUUGCUGAGUAGAUCAGUCAUCUAUAGGAUCCGUCACCUUUGUCUUGUACGUUCGCCCUUGAUAGUUCCCUUCAAAUCUGACCGGUACAUCAGGUUUUAGUUUAGCGUCCGUUAAAGAAAUUUUUGAAGGCUAAGAAGAAAAAGAAGGUAUUUUUAAACACAGUGGUGCUCGGAUUACCUUAAUUAUUAUUAUUAUUAUUAUUAUUAAUUAUAUAAUACAUUUACUUUAUGCUUGCUUAACUGAAGCAUUAUUACAUCAGCUGUACUGUUUCCUUGGUUUGUUUCGUGCUGUGGCGGUUUAAGGUAUGCGGUUGGAACUGAAGAGUCCUAAAUGAUCAUUAAUGCAUUAAUAUAAAAAAUUUACUUUCCCGUUUUUUGCUGACAUAGCUGACCUUCUAAUAAAUGUGCCUUUGUUAAUGAAGUAGUGGAAAAUAAUCGGCGGCAAAAAUCAAAUAUUAAUACAAUGAUGCUGCAGUAUAAUAUUUUAAAGCUCCCUGACUGUGCACAAUCGUUUCUCUUUUGGUUCACAUUUUGUAAGUAAAUCAAUAAAUGAGGGUUUCUAUUGGUAAGUUUGCUUCAAAAUGCAUGAUAGGAAUGCUGUAUAUUCACUGUCAGUACACGGUCAAAAGCGCUAGCACAAUCAUAUUAUAUAGUAAUCUGUUGGGCUUUAUAACAAUUGUACUCUAUACACUACGGUCCGUCUGGAAAGUUCGGUUUAGUUUAUUUGACCAAAAUCACAAGUAGAGCAGAGAGAAAGCAACACGCUUUUCUUUUGUGACCGGGUAAAAACAAUUAAAUCCCUUUCAAUAAACGGCCCCGUGUUCUUUCUCAGUGUGCUGCUUAUUUAGCCCUAUGAUUAAAACCGUUUCUUUUUAUAGCUUUGAAAGCUUUUACAUAGAGCUAAGAAAUUUGUUCAACCGCUCGUGCACCUGCAGUCUCGUCAUAGUUGGCCAGUCCAUCUUUGCCGUCAAGGUACUAACAGUGGAGUUGCACAUUCUGAAGUAAAGACCUUCAAAAAGGUAAUCAGUUUGCGAUUUUAAAAGUUAACGGGCUGGAGUUAGUGUUUUGUAUGUGUUAAAGGAUGGUACGAAGAAGUAACUCAUACGGAAAGUGGAGUGCAAUUACAUCAGCGGCGAGAAUCGCGAUCGCCCAAAACAAGCGCGAAACACUCUCACUUAUGAGAAAAAACCAAGGUCUGACAAGCGAGUCCGAUUGUGCAGUGAAAGCCUUUUACAGAGAGAAAGCCAGGGCUAAUAGCUUUCUUCAAGAGGUACAUGAACACAGAAAGAAAUCCCGUAUUUUGCAACCUAAAUGGGAUGAAAAUGGCAAUGUUCUGGUUGAAAAAGAAGUAGUGAAAAAUGAAAAGAAACUCCAACGAUUGAGACUGCCCAGUUUAGACAACGACCAGGAAGAAAAAUCUCGAGAACAAGUCCAUGAGGUGGGAGGAGGCCCAUUAUUCAAGCUAAAUAAUGGCAAAAUGGAGUCAUCGAAAGAAAUAAGUGGUGGGAAUAAACUUAAAAAUGGUACAAUUAAACAACUGCAGAAGAGUAGAAAUGAGUUUAGGGAAGCCUGGGUGUUAAAUGAGCGAAACAGUGAAGAUAAACUUGAAAAGAAGACUCCGCCUGCAGAGCUGAAAAAAGGGUUUGUUGAGAAUGAAGAAAAUAAGGGAAGUUCGAAAGAAGGCACUGGUGUCGAUAAGCUCGAAACAAGCAGCCCUGGGACCAAGAAAGAAACAAACGUUCCACCCACGAAGAGACCUUUUAAAAUUCGCUCUAGGGCAACGAGCAUAUGCAUUUCUUGUCAACACUUUCACUGUCAGAAUUUGCCUUCGGUGAACGGACCAAAGAUCGAACGAAAAUGGUCCGACGAACUUCGAUUAAAUGACAGAUGCGAAUCAAGCAAGAAAGACUCCCGAAAGCUGAGCCUUCCAAUGAUUCGGCCGAUGUCAGAUGUAACUGAUUUAAAGAUUCGACGAAUGUCAGAUGUAACUGAUUUAAAGAUGCGGUCAGUUUAUAUGAGUUGA